UUCCGCCUGCUUGUUUCUAGUCGGACACAAUAACACUGAGCAACAGAUAGCUGUCGGGGCCGCCGCUGAGGACUCUUUACCAUGACAGAAGGACUAGUUAGUGGCUAGUUGGGGGGUUUUAUUAGUUAACUAGUCGGGUUAAAAUGGACCCGGCACACCGCGAUCUGCUCCGGAAGCACCGCUUAGAACUGUCCGACCAGCUGCUGGUCAGCGAGACUAUCGUUCCUUUCUUGUACCAGGAGGACAUCUUAACGGACGGACAGGUGGAGGACAUCCAGGCCCGGGCCUCGGAGCGGCUCCGGACCCUCCGGCUGCUGGAGCUGCUGCCCGGCCGCGGGCCCCGGGCCUUCCCGGCCUUCCUGCGGGCUCUGGACGACUUUAGCUGGGUCCGGGAGCGACUGGAGCUUGAGCUCCGGAAGCAGCCCGAGGCCGGAAGUAGAGACCCCCCCCUCCCGGACUCGGUUCUGCAGGCGGUUCCGUCGGACCGCGUUCUGUCCCGGCUGUCCUCCAGGCUGGGUCUGGACUGGGAGGCGGUCCUGCUGGGUCUGGGUCUGUCGGCCCAGGACGUGUUCCGUUGCCGUGCCGACCACGUCCUCAGCGUCCAGCAGGCGGCGCUCCAAGGUCUGGUUCUGUGGAGGCGAUCCGAGGGCAGGAAGGCCACGGUGGAGGAGCUGCUGAAGAACCUGGAGGAGAACGGAGUCCACCGGUCCGUUCUGGAGGAAAGUUUAGAAAAUCAGCUGAAAUAAAAUAAACUUUAUCAACAGAUUCAUCCCAAAAAUAUCUGAGAAAGGGUCUGAAGUUUGUGUAAAAGUCAAGAAAUCCGAGAUGCAAAGUCUGAAUUAUGAGAAAGAAAAAUGUGAAUUUAAGGUAGAACUGAGGUUUAAUGAGUGACGGGUGUCCUUAUUCCUGUUUUUUUAAUCUGUGUUUUCCUUUUCUGUUCUUAUUUGUAUUUCUGUUUUUUUUUUUAUCUGUGCUGAGAGAGAAAACACCCACAUUUAGUUGUUGAACAUAACAACGACAAUUAAAGUGAUUAAAGUUCAAAUAUUUAGAAUAAAGUCUGACUUUAGAGAAGUUUGGCAUAAAAAUCUGAAUUUUUAGACUUCAACCAGAAUUUUGAGGCAAAUCUGAGUUUUUAUUUAGAAUAAAAUCACAGUCUGCUCCUCUUCAUCAUCUUCAUGUUUUUGUUUUUUCCUGGAAUCGUCUCGGAUUCUUUUCAGGAAAACGGAUUCAGAUUCUGAACGUCUGAAAACACAAAAUACACAUUAAACUACACAAAGUACUGCUAUGAA